UUCCGUAUGGUGACAUCAGAAACCCCCGUCAUACAGUUAAUGGUUGAACUCAAAAGAGGAUUUCCUCUUGCAAUAGUGGUUGAUUUUGACCAGGAAAAGAAACGGUACAGUGUAACUGGUAUUGUGACAUUAGAAGAUAACCUGGAGGAAGUUAUUGGUGAAAUACGUGAUGAAAAAGACGUAAUCGGUCAAGUAGUUGAGGUUCAUACGGAAAAACCAGGCGCAGUCGAUAUACAGGCUGAAUUGCAAACAUUGAAAAAGGCGAAGAAAAGACCACUAAUUAUUGGCCAAGAUGAACUAUCCGACGAGAAAAGUCCACUUCUGCAAAAAACUAUGUCCAAGUCAUUAACACCUACCAUAUCUGUUACCAAAAAAGUGAAGUAA